AUGGCGCUAGAGUGCAGCACGUGCGUGCCGCGUCCUAGUCUAGGCCAUGGUGGACGAGCGCUUGAAUUGCAACGGCAUACAUGGAGCCUUGGGUUAUGGAAUAUAGCGACCUUAUUAACUGGCCACCAAUUCGAAUCCGCCCACACGCGUUUUAAUCGAUUGGCUAGUGCAUACCUCUGGUCCUGCCCUCGCUUCACGAGUGACCUCCCCACUGUAGAUUAUUUAACCGUCACACCUCAGUACGCUUCUCAGGCCGAAGUCAACAGCUUCGAUGCAGGUACCACUGCACCGCCGUUCAGGGUCGGCAGCUUGGUUACACAAUGUAGCUUUAGUAGGUUGGCUGCUUGUCAAGUAAUCAAACGUCUAGGGUGAGCUUGGAUCCGGAGGACAGCUUGAGCCCCAACAGCCGCCUGCAGUUGGCUGCCAACACUGGACGACCGCGAGCAGCGAGCACGGGUGCAUGGAGACACAGCUCACCGCAGAUGAGAGCCACAGCCCAAUCCAUCGCACCGCCCAGGGGUUGCAUGACAGGAGGUGGCCAGGAAUCAGGGGUACCCUCCCCCACCCGACGGCUAGCCACACAGCACCCAUGCAGGCCGGUUGCCGUGCCCCUCCAUCCUGGCGCUCGCUCCCGGCCUAGAAGCCGGCCAAAAUAAAUA